CUGGCAAGGUGGCGGGAUUUGUGUCGAAGCCUCUGCUCUGUCAGACAUGCGCAGGAGCGUCAGCAGCAGCAGCAGGAGCAGCAGCAGUACCACCGCCACCGCUGCUCUGCGUUUCCGCCUUGGCUGAGCGGUGCGCACGGCCGAGAGACCGCCGAGGAGCGAGGGGAGGGGAGAGGGACGAGGGAAGACGCCGAGAGAGGACGAGCGGAGCCACCGAGACGCAGUGGGGCACAGCACGGACUCCGAGCUGAAUUAACCACCGACGCACUACCACUACCACCACCACCACCACUACCACCACCAUCAUCAUCAUCAUCAUCAUCAUCCACACACCGCUCCUCCUCUUCCUCCUCCUCCUACUCCUCCUCCUCCUCAUCCACCUCCGUCUCCAGAUUCUCCAAGAUUUCCGCGUCAAGCAAAGAGAGGGGGGGGCCCCCGUAAGCGAGGCAGUGCGCACCAGAGCCCUUCCAGCAUGGAGACUGCGAUAAAGCCCGAGCACUAACAAUUGUGAAGAUGAAGAAGUUCAACAUCAGGAAGGUGCUGGACGGCUUGAAAGAGGCGUCCUCCUCCACCCCGUCCGUGCAAGUGGGGCCACAGGAGAACCAUCUGAUCCAGGAGAGCCUCCAGUCCGAGCAUUUCCAGCUCUGCAAGACUGUCCGCCAUGGCUUCCCCUAUCAGCCGUCGUCCAUGGCCUUUGACCCCGUGCAGAAGAUCCUGGCCUUCGGCACCCAGAGCGGAGCCCUCAGAUUUUUUGGCCGUCCAGGUGUGGAGUGUUACUGUCAGCACGAGAGCGGAGCUGCCGUCAUCCAGCUGCAGUUUCUCAUCAAUGAGGGAGCGCUGGUGAGUGCUCUGGCCGAUGACAGCGUCCACCUGUGGAACCUGAGGCAGAAGAGACCGGCCAUCCUUCACUCCCUUAAGUUCAGCAAAGAGAGAAUAACCUACGUCCACCUGCCCUUCCAGAGCAAGUGGCUGUACAUCGGCACGGAACGAGGGAACAUCCACAUCGUCAACGUGGAGUCCUUUACCCUCUCAGGCUAUGUGAUCAUGUGGAACAAAGCCAUCGAACUGUCCUCCAAGGCUCACCCCGGACCUGUCGUCCAUAUAACUGACAACCCAAUGGAUGAGGGAAAGCUUAUAAUUGGAUUCGAGUCUGGGAUCGUGGUCAUGUGGGAUCUGAAAUCAAAGAAGGCCGACUAUCGCUACACUUACGAUGAGGCGAUCCACUCAGUUGCCUGGCAUCACGAGGGCAAGCAGUUCAUUUGCAGUCACUCGGAUGGAACUCUGACCAUAUGGAACGUCAGAGGCCAGGGCAAACCCAUACAGACAAUCACCCCACACGGAAAACAGCCCAAGGACGGGAAGAAGCCAGAGCCUUGUAAACCCAUUCUCAAAGUGGAGUACAAAACCACAAGAAAUGGGGAACCCUUCAUAAUCCUGUCUGGUGGGCUGUCCUAUGACACGGUGGGCCGGCGGCCAUGUCUGACGGUAAUGCACGGAAAGAGUACGGCUGUGCUGGAGAUGGACUAUCCCAUAGUAGAUUUCCUCACACUCUGUGAAACACCAUACCCUAAUGAUUUUCAGGAACCUUACGCUGUGGUGGUCCUUCUGGAGAAGGAUCUAGUGGUGAUCGACCUUGCACAAAAUGGUUACCCCAUAUUCGAGAACCCCUAUCCCCUGACCAUCCACGAGUCUCCUGUGACCUGCUGCGAGUACUUUGCCGACUGCCCUGCCGACCUCAUACCUGCACUUUACUCCGUUGGCUCGCGGCAGAAACGACAGGGCUACAGCAAAAAGGAAUGGCCUAUUAGUGGUGGAAACUGGGGUCAAGGCACACAAAGCUACCCGGAGAUCAUCAUCACUGGGCACGCCGAUGGAACUGUGAAGUUCUGGGAUGCCUCUGCAAUAAUGCUCCAGGUGCUCUACAAGCUGAAAACAGCCAAGGUGUUUGACAGGAACCGGUCCAAGGAGGACAAGGGCAGCGCGGACAUGUCGGACGAAGACCCCUUCGCCAUUCAGAUCCUGGCCUGGUGCCCCGAGAGCCGCAUGCUGUGCGUGGCCGGGGUGUCGGCCAACGUGAUCAUCUACCGCUUCAGCAAGCUGGAAGUGACCACCGAGGUGGUGCAGCUACUUGAGGUGCGAAUGCAGUACGAGCUCAACGACAUGGAGUCUCCAGAUGGUGGGGGCGGAGGGGGGGAGCAGACGCCGGCGCUCCCCACACCCGGCGCCUCCCCUCAGACGAGCGGGCCGCCUUCACACCCCUCCACCAGCAGCAACAACUCUGACGGAGGCAACAUGCCCUGCCUCAAAGUGCGCAGUACCCCUCUGAAGCAGUCUGCGGGCUACCAGGUGGAUUUGGUGGUCCAGUUAGUGUGGGUGAGCGGAGAGCCUCCCCAGCAGAUCACAAGUCUGGCGCUCAAUUCCUCCUACGGCCUAGUGGUGUUUGGCAACAGUAACGGUCUGGCAGUGGUGGACUACAUCCAGAAGACGGUCGUGCUCAACUUGGGGACGGUCGAGCUUUACGGUGCCAACGACCCCUACCAGAGGCAGCCCCGGUCGCCAAGAAAGACAAGGCAGCCGUCUGGAGGUCUGUGUGACAUCAACGAGGGCUCAGCCACAUCAGAGGACCGCUGCAAGUCGCCUACUUCAGUGUUGACGUCAAACAGCAAUCUACAGCAAUUCUACAAUGGCGGUGGUAGAGGAGCAAAGAUGUCACGGAAAUUAAGCUUGCCUACUGAGCUAAAGCCAGACUUGGUCCUCCUGUCUGUAUGCCCGCCGCGGGGUGCCAACCCAUUAGACCACCGGGACAAUUCCUUCAGCCGCUCUCGCUCCUCCAGCGUCACCAGCAUCGACAAGGAAGCCCGGGAGGCCAUCAGCUCCUUCCACUUCUGCGAGACCUUUGUCCGGAAGGGGGACAGCGCCCUGACACCCUGCCUGAAUGUGGGCACGACCCUGGGAACCGUGCUGGCUCUGGCUCUCACAUUGCCACCUGCUGGCGAGCAACGGCAGCUGCAGCCGGUUAUCAUUUCACCUACUGGCAUGCUGGUGCGACUGAAGGGCAGCAUCAUGCGGAUGGCUCUCCUGGACUCCACAGGGUCCGUGCUGCCCCCCCCGUACGAGCCUUGGUUCGAACCUAACGUCACCGUAGACGGCGAAGAGCGAGAGAAGGUCCGCAAGCGCCGGCCCGUCUCCGUGUCCCCUUCCACCUCGCAGGACCUCAACGAGAGCCAAUACGCCGUGGUGUGUUCGGAGAAGCAGGCCAAAGUCAUCUCCCUCCCCUCGCAGACCUGCAUCCACAAACACAGCAUCACGGAGACGUCGUUCAUCCUGCGGGCCGACGUGGUGCAGAUGAAUCUGGGCGUGUGUCUGGCUUGUUUCUGCGCCAACGGCCACAUCAUGACCCUCAGUUUGCCGGGCUUGAGACCGCUCAUGGAUGUUAACUACCUGCCUUUGACGGACAUGCGGAUAGCCAGGACGUUCUGCUUCACAAACCUUGGUCAGGCCAUGUACCUCUGCUCCCCCACCGAGGUUCAGAGGAUCACCUACAGUCAGGACACCUGUGAAAACCUGCAGGAGAUGCUGGGUGAACUUUUCACACCAGUAGAAACCCCAGAGGCUCCCAACAGAGGGUUCUUCAAAGGCCUCUUCGGGGGAGGAGCGCAGUCACUGGACAGAGAGGAGCUCUUCGGCGAGAUAUCAUCUGGAAAGGCGUCUCGAGGCCUGGCCCAGCACAUCCCAGGCCCCGGUGGCCUCGAGGGCAUGAAGGGGGCGGCCUCCGGUGUGGUCGGGGACCUGGCCCGCGCCCGAAUAGCGCUGGACGAAAGAGGCCAAAAGCUGGGCGAGCUGGACGAGAGGACGGCUGCCAUGAUGGCCAGUGCGGACUCCUUCUCCAAACACGCCCAUGACAUGAUGCUGAAGUGCAAGGACAAGAAAUGGUACCAGAUCUGAUCAGCACCAGGGGAGGAGCACAGCUCCGCGGACCAGGCUUUCACCAUUCAUCGGCUCAUUCGGACUCACCGUGACCCCGCCCUCCCCCACCCGUCCAUUCACCGGUCCCUCCGAGCCUUCUCCACCGGGACACUUGGGAUUUUCUUCCCUAGCACAAUGUUGAACACUGUUCUUACCUCAGUCUGAAGGUGGAACUGAGGGGGAGACGGAGGAGAAGGACGACCUCAGAGGGAUCAGAUAAAUGCCGUCUUUUUUUAUUUUAUGUUCUCGUCUCUUUACCCGGUUUGGCGAGCGCACCUGGAGACUCUUCAUUGCCAUUCGCCAAAAGCAUCCUUUAACCGUUUUUCUCCACCUCCGGGAGCCUCUGGUGGGCGGGAUUCGAACCGACGAACACAGCCGAGAAAAGACAAGGCACCUAGUGAAGAAACAAAGACUACAAAAAAUUAUUAAAAUGUAAAAAAGAAGGAAAAAUAAUCUAAAUACAACAUUAUAUAUAUACAUAAAUCUAAUAAAUGUGCAAUGCUGUAUCCACUUCCAAGUGACAAGUACAAAAGAAUGGGAUAACUCACUGAGGAGACAGGAGCGGGGCGGGAGGCCAGAAGGAGGCGGCGUCCGAGAUCCACAGGAAGUGCUGCGACAGCGACGCCCCCUCUAUGCCGAGAGUCGCAGGGAUAAAAAGCGACUUCCUCUGAUGUACACUGGAUAUCUCGUCAUCCCACUCAACCUCUAGACUCUCCUCUGUAUCUUACAAACGUUCAUAUCGUUACCGACAGUGUGUGUGCGUGUGCGUGUGUGUGUUCAUUUCUAUUUUCUCGCCAUUUCUCUAUUUGUCAUCUGUUGUUUUGUUUAUUUCCGCUCCGUCUGUGUUUUCGGGAAAUCUCUUAUUUUUCUAUCGUUGUGAAAGUGGAUGAUGUUUGAUUUGUUGAAAAAAAGACGUUUUUUUGUGGCUUUUUGUCAAAACAACUCCGAUUUACUUUCUCCUAAUGAAAAGGGCUGGAAUCUCCAAGGAGGGCAAGGAUAUAAAAGGCAUAUGUAUCAUUUAGUUCUCACUGGGAAAAGCGUAUAAGCGACUCACUUUAAUUGUUUACCGGAGGAUUUUAAAUAUCUGAUGUUACGGAAAUGACUCCUCGCUCACCCUCUAAUGUCAAGAAAGUCCACAGUCUGCGAGAGGCACCGUACAAAUGCUGAUGGGAUCAGUGUUAAAGACGCUGGAAGUCCAGACAGAUUUGUUGGUUUGCAAACUCUGGAUAUUUAUGUGUGUUCGUUAUAUAUGCAGGACAGCAGAGACGUGGAUGUACGAUCUGUGAUACUUCCGUUGUCUAUGUGAGAAAGUUGUGCGUGUGUGCGAUUUCCUAUUUAUCUAUUUAUUUAUCGAGGUGCAAGAGGACAGUGGUUCGGUGUCAGAAAAACUUCCACCUCCAUCAAUAUCUCGUUUCUAUGUUCCAGAUGUGGUGUAUCUCUCUGUCUACCAGGCUUUUAACCUUUAUUUGUAUAUAAGUAAAUAGUUUGACAAUCUAAGACCAACCGGAAAGUACAUGUCAAGGUUGCUGCAGCGACGUUAAAAAAAAAAAGAAAAAAAAAAAAAAAAAGAGGAGAGAGGCCAUAUUUUUUCUGACGCCAAAGAGUUGCUUUAGCUUUUCCAUUGCACUAUCGUUUGGCUUCUCCGCUCCACGGGGUCGCGUGUUAUUCCGCAUGGCUUCGGCCCCCGCGGAGUGCGGACCCUCUUCUGGGAAGUGCUUCUCAUCUUCAUCACCUCUUUUCAGGGUUUCGAGGAAAACGGGAGCAAGUUGCAAUGGAACUCAGCCAUUUUCUAGAAACAUUGUGUCACAUGUUUGUCGUGAGAUGUAACACUUGGACAAAUGUUUCGUGUUUUAAAAAGUGGCCUAGUGGUCGGUCGACGACAAGGCUCUUACCCCCCCCCCCAAACAGAAACCUGAUCCAUACACAUGACUUACGGUAUUCACCUACAUGUGCGUGUGUGUGUGUGUGUUUAUAUGCCUGUCUCUCAGUGUUAGGCUGUGUUAUCAUUUAAGUUAAGUGAUAUUAUUUAAGAGAUGUUUUGUUUAAUAAUUGAUGUUGAUGUCCUCGCCAGUCUGUGUCCAGUUGAGUGUCCAGUUACACUAAAGCCACCAGUGAUGAAGAAAACAAAACGAGUACAGUCCGUGUUAGAUGAUCUAGACGACGACCUCUCAAUUCUGGUUUAAUUUAACUUCUCCGUGCGUUCGGGCGUCAUCCACAUGCUUCUCCUUUUUCGGCCUUUGACCUCUGGCAUGCCUCUUCCUCCGCCGCUGGCUCCAUCUCUCUCAUGGCUACAGAUGUGGCCUUCUGUGUUCCGUAAGCGUCGUAGUGUGGAUGUUGGUAGGUAUAGAUCUGUCUGCCCCCCCCCCCCCCCCAAAUGGUGAAGAAGAGGCCCAAAAAAAAUGAUUCGGGACAAAUAGAGGUCAACCCUGAACACCCGGUCAGCGUCUCUCCCUUCCCACCGUACUGUUACGUGUUUCUUGUUUUGUUUUUUUGUUUUACUUUUCCAAUGUUAUAUUUAUUUUUAUCCAUUUUUAUAUUUGUGUCGAGUGAUUUAUUUCGUGUCACGUCCUCCAUACACUACAGUAUGCAGUAUUCUCCGCCCCAAUACAAUCCACACACUCACACAAACAAGAGGGAGUCCUGUCAAUCUGCCAUAUGCCGUCUUCUGUCCCCCCGGAUUCAACAGUUAUCAGUGAGUUGCAGUAUUUUUCUCAUUGUAGCCAAUUUUUCUUGUACAGUUUUAUGCAACUUUCACAUGGAUGUUUAUGACUUUAUCUGCUGCCACAACAAUUUAGAAAUUCUGUAGAUAGAGAUUACUGUGCAAUGGAAAAAUAAAAGUGGAAAAUGUA